AUUAAACUUCCCACAAUUCAUGAAGUACUUCCUUUAAAAUUUCAAAUGAGACAGUUUCAAUCAUUAUUGUAAUUAUACAGUGUCUUAUGAUUUUUAGUUGUAAUCAUGAACAUUUCUUUUUCUUGUUUUAUGCACUAGCUGCAAAAUAUCUUUUAGUUAGAACACCCUCUACUUUAUUUGCUCUCUGUGUUUUUUCAUUAUCUUACCUCAAUUUCUAAGGAGAUUCCUCAAAUUCACUUCUUAUUUAAAUGCCUUGUCACUGCGCACUGCAUGGCAUGGCACAUAUGUUUUAUGCUUGGAUAUUUGCAAUGAAAUUACUGCACUAAUGUGACAACUAAAUGCUUACUGUGAGCUGGAUAAUCAGACAUUAUUUUUCUCAUAACAAAAUUUCAUUACAAAAUUGAAUUCAAGUUGUAUAAAAAGCUAACACUUUAUUUAUACCUUUCUAUUGCUUUCCAAAUUGAAGCCUAUUUUUAGGAUGUGAUUUUUCACAAUGAAGCAUAUAGCAAAAGUAAUAGCAGUGUAGAAGCCAGUCCCGAGAGCACUCCAGUGAAACAGGUUCCUGAACGUUGCUCCCUCUCCCAGCAGCAUUCGUCACCGAAACGCGGAGCUUCCUUUGUGACGGCUGUUAUUGCUGCUAUUCGCAAUGCAGCUGCACAGUCACCAUUUUCCAGUGCAAGCAACAGGCAGAUAAGGCUCACCUCGACACCUAGUCCUCAGGAAGCAUACCCAGAUGCUAGUUCAGGUGAAUUAUUGGAUUCAGAGAAAGAUCCAUGUAAUGUCAUUGACAAUGAUGACGACACAAUUAGCGAUUCCCACAACAGCAGUGGCAAUAUACCUGACUGUCAUGUAGCAAGUAGCAAGUCAUUGCAAAACUUGUCACAAGCCAUCCUUGUACGUCAACAAUCAGAAAUGGCACAAAAUAGUUCCAUCAUAGAUGAUGCAGCAGCCACUCCUACAGCCAGUGCUUUUGAAACUUAUGAAGAAGGCUCUUCUCCUCUCGGCGACUACUGUUCUGCUGCCACACUGGUUGAUCAAAUUAUCGACGUAGACAAUUUGGUGACCCGUCUUCUGAAAGUUCUGAGAAUAAUUCAACUUGAGAAUGAAACUUGCAUUGACGAGUUACAUGAUGAAAGGAUACAACUAGCUCAAGGAGUUAGACAAGAGCAAGAAAAUCGGAGAGAAGUUCAGGAGAAGUUAACAAAUUGGGAACAAUUAGGGAGCCGAUUGCGUAGCGAGUUGGAAGAAGCACGACUUCAGCUCCAGUUGAAAGUGCAAGAACUGGAUGACACCAAAGUGGAUCUCCAAAGUUACAAAGAGCAAGUGGAGAUUCGUGAAGCUGAAGCUGAGAAGGCUCUGCAGCAAUGGCAGGAAAAUGGAGACCUCCCAUCACCCGACGUCCUAGCACGUAUUGUGUCUGCUCGAAAUGAGAUCCCCAUUUUGAAAGAACAACUUGCAGAAAAGGAAUUGCAGUUAGCCGAAAUUGGCCAGAAAUCUUCGGUCAGCAAACAAUUGUUGACAGAAAAUUGGCACCGAUCCAUUUGUGAAGUUCGCCGCCAGUAUGAUGCCAUUGAUAGAGCUCUUGAGACACUCCAAAGUAUCCAGAGUGUAGUCAUGCAGUGUCCUCCGUUGGCAAAAAUGCAGCAGGAAUUGGAGGAAAGCAAUUUCCAAAGUAUCUCGUCACUUUCCGUGGUGCAGCCUGAUCUUAAUGCAAAUGCGGCUUUAGUUACUUCAAAUGGAACUCAUAAUAAUGGAAAGAGUUGUAUUAAUGCCAUUCAUGGAACACUAUAGUCAAACAGAGCUUAUAGUACAAACUAAAAAAGUAAAAUCAAUUGAAUUAAUUUUAUAGUUUUAGCUAUUUAAGUUUUAAUUCCAAGGAAAGUAAGGCAUGUUGCAGCUUUUUGAUUUUCCAGAAUAAGUUAUAAAAUAAAUCAUUGUUUUUUGAAUGUUGAGGGAUAUCUUUGGAGUAAUGCAACUUACAGAUAAAUACAUUUUUAUGUGUAGAUAUUAAAAUAGAUUUUAAUUCUUUUUUCUUUUUGUAUAUUUUGAGAGACUUGAUUUAAAAAUAAUAUGGAACAGUUUCCAUAUUUGUUCUAACACCCUAUACUGUCUUCAGGAUGUAAUGAGUGACCAGCAAGAAUCUGAUCUUCAUAAUUGCAUUUAUUUCUAAUUGAGGUUAAAAGGACUGUGCAUUUAGGUAUGAAAACGAAUGUGCUUGGUGUUCUGUCCAGUAUUGUAACGGACAAUACAAGAACUAUUUUUAUAAGUACCAGUAAUACAGUUACCAUUCAACAUAAAAGUAGGUAUUCAUGUAUGUCCUUUGCUCAUGUAGUUGUUUAAACGACUUAUAGCAAUAAAGAUAUUUGAAAUAAAUUCUGCUCACUAAUUUUAUGAGAUUGACUCAUUGUGAGAGAUUUUCAUCAAAAUUGCUCAAAGGUAUACACAGGGUUGUCAGUCUGUUAUGAAAAGGAAUAAAGCCAUCUGUACUGUGACUAGUUUUGUGUAUGUCUGGGUAGGAAAAGAAUUGUGCUGUUGAUUAGGGAUGAGGUUGAUAUCAAUUAUAUCAGAGCCAUGUAAAUAUUGAUUCGUUAAUAAAAAGAGAGGAUUAACAAUACUCUAUAAUGUUCCUCAGUAGACCUUUUACAGAAAUUUUUACAUCUAUCUGGCAUUGAAGGCUUAAAAGUCGUCAAUGUACAAUGUGAAUAAUGUACUAAGAGUGAUUCAGCAUUUAACCAAUCAUUACCUGUGUCUUCUUUAUAUUAUGUAAUUUUUAAUACUAGAAACUAAUGAAUCAUGGUCUUAUUAAUGAACUGUAAAAGAGAAUAUAUUGCAAAAAUAUUCCUUGUGUAUUUUGCAAUUUUUUGUUUACACUGUAUAUUUAAUGUAGAAUAUACUUUUGGAGAGUAAUUUACUUCAAUAUUCAACAAGACUGAAGAAGUAAUACAGAAAACAAUGUCUUUUAAUCUUAACGACAGUGAGAUAAAUAAUUAUUAAAAGUUUUAAAUUUCAGGAGACCUUCAAAAGACAUUUUAAAGUAUGUCAAAAAUAAUUAAAUUUUGUAAU